AUGGAAACAUCCGUUUCAAAAGAUCCAACCAUUGAGAAAAUGGACGAGAUCUUGACGCAAUCAGCAAAGAGAACCAGAAUCCUAUUCUCAACAUCCUAUAGUCAAACAGCUAUGGACGAACAAGACAGUCAACGUGCCAAAUUAACGAGUAAAAUACACGAUGAGUAUCAAAACUUACGUACAUUGCCGGAGGCUUUAAUCAGACAACAAAAAGAAGCAGCUAAAGCACGUAAACAAGCAACAGCUACUAAAAUUGAAGAAGCACCAUCAGAUCAGGAAGAAAAGAGUUCAAUGUCUCAAAUUAUAGAGUCCAUACCGGAAAGUUCAAAAGCACUUGACGGCAAGAAUGAAGGUGUUGUAGCCAUUCGUAGUAAAGAUCAGUUCUCGUCGGAUGUAUUUGGUGACACUUUGGCUGGUGCAGGAUCACUCGUUCGCCGCGCUAGAGCAAAAAUAAUUAAACCGGUCUGGCAUGCACCUUGGAAGCUUAUGCGUGUCAUUAGUGGUCACUUGGGUUGGGUACGUGCAGUAACAGUAGAACCAGGAAACAAAUGGUUUGCCACAGGUGCUGGCGACCGUACCAUUAAAAUUUGGGAUCUUGCUUCAGGCACCUUGAAGCUUUCACUUACGGGUCAUAUUGCAACAGUACGUGGUUUAGAAGUAUCGCCUCGACAUCCUUAUUUAUUUUCUUGCGGUGAAGAUAAAAUGGUGAAAUGUUGGGAUUUGGAACAAAAUAAAGUGAUACGUCACUACCAUGGACAUCUUUCUGGUGUUUAUGCCUUAAGUUUACAUCCUACAUUGGAUGUGUUAGUCACAUCUGGUAGAGAUGCAACAGCACGUGUCUGGGAUAUGAGAACAAAGCAAGCAGUUCACGUUUUGACAGGGCAUACCAGUACAGUUUCAACAGUCAAGUGCCAAGAAGCAGAUCCUCAAGUCAUCACAGGUUCCAUGGAUAAUACAAUUAGAUUAUGGGAUUUAGCAGCAGGCAAGACAAUGGGCGUUUUGACACACCAUAAAAAGAGUGUUAGAGCAUUAGCUCUUCAUCCAACUGAAUUUGGGUUUGUCAGUGGUAGCGCAGAUGCAGUCAAGGGAUGGAAAUGCCCCGAAGGCACAUUCAUACAGAAUUAUGAAAGAAAGAAGGCUAUUAUCAACGCAUUAGCAGUAAAUCAAGACGGUGUUGUUUUCGCUGGCGGGGAUGAUGGUUCAUUGAGUUUCAGCGAUUGGAAAUCAGGAUACAACUUUCAGUCACAGGAUACAAUUGUACAGCCAGGUUCGUUGGAUGCAGAAGCAGGUGUCUUCUGUAGUACAUUUGAUAAAACAGGUUUACGUUUGAUUACUGGUGAGGCAGAUAAAACAAUCAAAAUAUACAAGGAAGAUGAAACUGCUAUAAAAGAUUCUAGUUUUUACCAAUAA